ACUAACUAUACAAGUCAUAUCAUCAAAGUGGUCGGUCACAUGGAGCAAGAAACGGCUGCGUUAAAGUGGGAGGGAAAACAAGCCGUCCAGGUCAACGGGGUCACGGUGGAUCAAGCCUGGUCACUCGUCUCAGACUUCUGCAACGUCCACGAGUGGUUCCCAACUGUUGACACUUGUCACAGAGUGGAAGGAACCGAUGGUCAGACGGGUUUGGUCCGCUACUGCGCCUCCAACAAAAUCAAAGACGAGGAAACCAAAUGGGCUAAAGAGCGUUUGGUCGAGAUCGAUCCAGUCGGGCGGUGUUUGAGCUACGAGGUCCUUGAGAAUAACGUGGGGUUCGGAUCUUACGUGGCGACGGUCAAAGUGGUACCAGUGGACGGUGGAGAUGAAUCGGAUGGAAAAAUGUGUCAAAUCGAGUGGUCGUUUAUGUCCGAUCCUGUCGAUGGUUGGAAGAAGGACCUUGAAUCCUACGUGGGUUUUUGUCUUCAACAUAUGGCGGAUAAAAUGGAAACGAAUCUGUAAAACCUUUUCUAUGCUUUCAAGUUUUCAUAAUAAAAAUGUGUCCAAAUCUCUGUUUUUUACAGUGUGCAAUCUAGUUGGUGUUUUCGUGUUAAAAAGGUGAAAAUAAAGAUAAAUUUGAUUUGGUGCUUUCUAUCGUCUAUGAUUGUAUGAACUUCAAUA